GAGAUGUGGAAGCUUUCUGGCUAGUGGAAGACCCGGGUGGGCGUGAUGAGUAUUUCGGAGCAUUUGCAACCGACUGGUAUUGCACAAUGUAGCAAGUCCUUGCUGUUGGUUCGAGAGGUGAGCAUAUAGGUAAGGGUAUCAAACCAACAUUCUUUUUACAAGUCUGUGCUAUUCCUUUGACUUCUACUGGCCAUUCUGUUGAUCAAUAGUUUCGAAACCUUCGUCUCUUGCCAUGUUGUUCAAGAGCGCACUGUUGGCUGCGGCCACGCUCUCUCCCUCGGCACUGGCCGCUUUUGGCGCCUCACAGAGUGGGGACAACAUUGUUGUUGAUACUGGCGCGUCCAAUCCCCUCAUCUUUACCGUCAAUGCAAAGAGCUGUGAUAUCACUUCGAUCAAAUACCGAGGAGAAGAGUUGCAGUCGUCGGAGAAGGGAUCGCACAUCUCGUCUGGGCUAGGCACUGCAACUGUCAAGUACGAGACGAUUAGCAGCCAAUAUGUCAAGGUUACUUGCACGACUAGUACCUUGACGCACUACCUUGUCGCGAAGUCCGGCGAAGCGACAAUAUACAUGGCGACAUAUACGACUGCCGAGCCCAGCAUCGGUGAAUUGCGCUUCAUCGCUCGUCUGAAAAGUAGCGCUCUACCACUAGAGUAUCCCUUUGGCGUCGUAUCAACAACUGUUGGGUCGACAUCGACGGUCGAAGGGUCAGAUGUGUUUGUAGUAAAUGGGCAAACGCGAAGUAAAUUUUACUCGAGUGAGCGCUUCAUUGACGACACUACACACUGUGUCUAUCGUGAUGGUACCGACGCAGUUCACGCCUGCUUCCUUAUGAACUCCUACUCUUACGAAGCCUCAUCCGGUGGCCCUUUCCACCGCGACAUCAACACAAACAAUGGAGGAGACUACACUUCAUUGACAUUCUACAUGAACAGUGUACAUUUCAGGCCACGUUCAAACAGAGAAGUUCCGUCAGGGUCUGCACGGGCCGUAUGCCCUAGCCUUCUCUCGCUCUGGUAUACCCGCAGGUGGCUCCAGUAUGGACACUACAUUCUUCAAGGACCUUAGUGUAACAGGCUAUGUGGCUCCAUCCGCCAGGGGUACAGUGACUGGAACGGCAACAGGUGUUAGCUCCAGUUUCCAACGGGUGUUGCACUGGU